CACAACCUAUGGUGCCAUUGCAUGAAAAAGGUCUUGGAUCAAGUGAAAAAGCUCAAAAUAUGCUCAGAAAAUACUGCCAGUAUAUUCUCUUUCUUUCACACAAGAAACACCAACGAAGUUUUCGACGAGCCAUUCAACAACUCCAUUGUCAAUUGAUAUUUGCUCCCAAAAGCACAAGCAAUGCCACCAUUGAAUUGGAGCAGCAUUCUUCAGCAAAGAAUAAAUUGACAGAAUUAUUAGGUCUUUGGAACUUCAUACUGCGGCAGUAUGCUCUUGGGCUUUCACCCCAAGAGGCUGUCUUCCUAUUUCAACACCUCCAGGGCCACUGUCAAGUUGAGUACUUCUUUGACAGCUUCACCUAUUCUUUCCUCAUCAAAGCCUCUGCAAAUCUGAUCCAAAGUGGCUUAGGUAAACAACUUCACUGUUUAACUUACAAAGCUGGCUUUCAGGAACAUAUCUAUGUACAAACUGCUCUGAUUGACAUGUAUAUGAAGUGUGGGUGUUUAGUGGAAGCGGGGAAGGUGUUUGAUGAAAUGCCUCAGAAGAAUUUGGUAACUUGGAAUGCUUUGCUUACGGGUUUUAUAAGGUGGGGCGAUCUUGGAUCUGCUCAAUCUGUUUUCAAUAGGAUGCCUCAAAAGAAUGUUGUUUCUUGGACUGGCAUGAUUGACGGUUAUACAAGGAUGAGGCAAUUUGUCAAAGCUCUCUCAUUAUUUCAGAGAAUGGUUAUCUAUCAGGGCAUCAAGCCCACUGAAGUGACUCUUUUAGCAAUUUUUCCAGCUAUAUGGAAUCUCAGGCAUAUUGAGUUUUGCCAACUGGUUCAUGCUUAUGGAGAGAAAAGCGGAUAUAAUGCUUCUGAUAUGCGAGUUAUGAAUUGUCUAAUUGAUGCAUAUGCAAAGUGUGGGAGUAUAGAAUAUGCACUAAGAGUUUUUCGGGACAUAUUAGAUGAAAGGAAGAAUAUAGUUACAUGGACAUCUAUUAUAUCCAGUUUUGCUAUGCAUGGGAUGGCGGAAGAAGCUUCAAAAAGCUUUAGCGGGAUGCUGUGUACAGGUCUGAAACCAAAUCCAGUAACAUUUUUGAGUGUUCUCAAUGCUUGCAGUCAUGGUGGAUUGGUUGAUGAAGGCCUUGAGUUCUUCAGAAGGAUGGUUAAUGAGUAUGACAUUGUUCCAGACAUAAAACAUUAUGGGAGUGUGAUAGACAUGUUGGGGAGGGCGGGGAGGCUAGAAGAAGCAGAGAAGAUAGCUAUGGAAAUUCCUAUGGAUAUUGGCAAUGUAGUAGUUUGGAGGACACUUUUAGGUGCUUGUAGUUUUCAUGGAAAUGUUGAGAUGGGUGAGAAAGUUACAAGGAUCAUUAUGGAGAUGGAGAGACAAUACGGUGGUGAUUAUGUCCUUUUAUCCAAUAUCUUUGCUGGUGUUGGUAGGUAUAUUGAUUCUGAGAGAGUGAGAAGCCACAUGGAUAAGAAAAACGCAGCAAAAGUUACUGGCCUUAGCUUUGUCUGAUGGGGUACUGCAGAACCUGUCUGCUACGUUGGUCAUACUGUGUUAAGAAGUUGAGCCAACCAGCAAAACUCUUAUUCUCAUCUAGCAUGUCUUGACCUGGGGAACAAUACUUGGAGUUGUGUGAAAUGUUUUGUCUUCCUUCCAGUGCCAGGGAGUGGUUAACGGAUUCUUAGUUUCUAAGUUGUUUAAAUGAAAGUCAGAUUUUGAGUAUUAUUCACUGCUGUUCUUCAGUUGGUAUGAUGAUGUUUCAAAGCUCUUAUAGUAGGUCAGUUCCAUGAGAAUAUACCUUUUUCAAUGUCCGACGGAACUGGAAAUAAGUUACCUACUAAAUUCCAAGUUUUUGCUUGGUUUGGUGUUAAACUAGAAAAGCCUUCAGUUGGAAGUUGUCUCAAGAAAGGUAUUCCACAGUUUAUCAUCUAUCAAAAGAUAGUUGGCAACUACAUGUAUAAAGGAAUCUUGCCAUUUAGACAGUCAGUCCGAGAAUAGGUGUUCCAUGGAGGACCAGAGGACCAGGGAGGAAGAACUUAAUAUGGCAGCUUGCACUUUCCAUAUUCAACUACAAAUAAAUUGGAAAAAGAAAUGCUAUGCUACGCCGUAAGUAUAAAGAUGGUGUUUGAGAAUGAACCCUUUUAUAUACGUGAAUGAUUGCAAGAUUUGGGAGACAAUUCCCGAUGUCAUUCAUCAAUCACCCCACUCAUCGGUGUACACUCUUCUUGCAGUUGAGAUGGUCGGGAGAAAAAUCUUCAAGAUGAAGGGAACUCUGUCACCCGGAUAGUAUUUGCUCUGGACAGAUACAGUAUUAGUUGGCUCUUGAAAUGAGCAACACAAAGAGGAUGAUCAUGAGAAAGAUGAGGAGAGAUGAGCGCAAAGAAUGGGAGGAUACAUAACAAAAGGCACCUUGUAGAAGUUGACACUUUAACAGCCUAUCUGGCUGUCUUAGAAAGCUGUCUUAGCUUUCUCGCAUCUCGCAUCAGCACCUUUGCCAUGGAAAUAGGGUGGAGUACAAAGACAAAUCUGGAAGAAAGGAUGGUUGCCUUUGAGGCGGUAGGCCUUUUACUUGGAUCCCAUGAGCAAAGUGAUGCGAUUAGAUUGAUUGCGUCCUUAAUAGCAGAAGGUAUCAAGGUGGAAAAAGAGAUACCAGCAACAUGUGGAAACUGGUAUUUAAACAUCACUGGCAAGUUUAAGACCUUCAGACCAGUUAUUCUCUGUUGGGCUACCUAAAACACUGCAUAUUGUAUUGAUGCCGUCUGCCUCACUGGAACCUGGUAUUGGCGUUCUUGUCUGCUGCAUCAGUUGGUAUAGAGUACAUUCCAGGUAUUCAAACACACAGUAGAGUGUGUCAUGCUCUGUAAUAACGCCCUUCAGCUUCACAAUAUUCGGAUGGUCCAUUUUUCUUAGUUGAUUUCUCUCAGAUUAAGCUCUUCUGAACGAUA